AUGCCACCGGGAUGCUUCGGACAUAGGCGUUCGACCGCCGAUAUGGCGACUGAUUUCCGACCCAACUCAAGUGAGAGUGGUGAUACCGCCAAGCAUCCUUCCCCGCCUGUCUCACGAAGACCCAGUACAUCGAUACCCAGCACCGAUCCAAAAAUGCCUGCAUGGUGUCAACAGUGUACAAUUACAUCUGACCGGCCAUUUGUACACCUGGGUUUAUGUCUGACGCAAGUGCUUGCGUUAUCGGGUUACGUUACGCCAGGUAAUCCGGAUGAAUCCUGCGACUUAUCUCGUGAAAGGUGGGAUUCGUCAAGCAUGCGUGGGCAACAGCCAACCCAGUGUCCGCAUAACACACCGGUAGCGUCGCUAUCCAUCAAGACGAACAUGGGCGUAAUAUCUUGGGACGAACGCCGAGCGCGGGCUAGAGCUCUUGCCCAGAUCACUCAUGACUUGCCGGAUCCUCGGCUCAUGCUUUUACGCCCUUCGAACUCACAGUCAUCGCCCUUGAGCUCACCGGAAAUUCGUUCUCGCCAGCCCUCCAAUAACUCCAAUUGGACUCAUGAUUCAGAGGAAACCUCCGGAGGCAGCGUACUCCAUUCUCCGACCUCCAAUAUCCUUGUCAGCAGCCCAAUUAGAUCAAGUCGGGCCCAGCAUAUCUCUUUGGUCAACAAUCAAUCUUCUAAAGCGAUGGAGAGUUUGAACGCUUUUUCGGACGAGGAGGAAAAGGUCCGGUUUGUUCAACGUGAAACAUUCCUUGAGCGCUAUGAGAAACAGCGACACACCUCAUUUGUCGAGUCGUUAGAAAAUCCUGAGGCUCUGAUCCCUUCGACCGAAAACUUAACUACUUCCUUCACCACAAACUUCAGGCGUGCGAUUUGUAAGAAUCUGAGUGCUCGCCCCGGCAGUAGGAAUGGCAUGAAGUAUUUUCCUAUCAAGCCUUCCAAGCCUAGAGCGGCGUCAACAUUAUCACAUUCCACGGGGGAUACAAGCUUACCGAUAGAAAUUGUCAAGACCGUAUCCGUGAUCGUGGAAGACAAUGGCGUGACUUCAAAUCCUCCACCAUCCUCAGGACCGCUCAUCAACACCCCUUGUGACAGUACUCCUCUUGAGCCUGCAAUCAGUGAUAGCACUAGUGGAAGAUCUGCCAAUACCUUUUAA